UUGUACCAAGUGUGGAAAGAGCUUUGGUCAGAGACAUAUGCUUAAACAGCACCAACAAACUCACACAGAGGAAAAACCAUUUCAGUGUAAUGAGUGUCAAAAGUCGUUUGGCUUCAAAUCAAACCUUACUAGACACCAACAGACUCACACAGGGGAGAAGGCAUGGCAAUGUAUGGAGUGUGGAAAGUCGUUCAGCCUGAAAUCACACCUUACUACACACCAGCGAACUCACACAGGGGAGAGACCCUUUAAUUGCAAGGAGUGUGGAAAGAGCUUUGCUCGGAAAGAUGCGCUUAAACAGCACCGACGAACUCACACAGGGGAGAGACCCUUUAAAUGCAUGGAGUGCAGAAACUGCUUCGAUCAAAAUGCAAAGCUUAAGAUACAUCAACGAACUCACACAGGGGAAAAACCAUUUCAAUGUAAUGAGUGUGGAAAGAGCUUUGUUCAGAAAUGGACGCUUAAACAGCACCAACAAACUCACACAGCGGAAAAACUAUUUCAGUGUAAUGAGUGUGGAAAGAGCUUUGGUCGGAAAUGUACGCUUGAACGGCAUGAACAGACUCACACAGGGGAGAAGGCAUGGCAAUGUAUGGAGUGUGGAAAGUCGUUCAGCCUGAAAUCACACCUUACUACACACCAGCGAACUCACACAGGGGAGAGACCCUUUAAUUGCAAGGAGUGUGGAAAGAGCUUUGCUCGGAAAGAUGCGCUUAAACAGCACCGACGAACUCACACAGGGGAUAGACCCUUUAAAUGCAUGGAGUGCGGAAACUGCUUCGAUCAAAAUGCAAAGCUUAAGAUACAUCAACGAACUCACACAGGGGAAAAACCAUUUCAAUGUAAUGAGUGUGGAAAGAGCUUUGUUCAGAAAUGGACGCUUAAACAGCACCAACAAAGUCACACAGCGGAAAAACUAUUUCAGUGUAAUGAGUGUGGAAAGAGCUUUGGUCGGAAAUGUACGCUUGAACGGCACGAACAAACUCACACAGAGGAAAAACCAUUUCAGUGUAAUGAGUGUCGAAAGUCGUUUGGCUUCAAAUCAAACCUUACUAGACAUCAACAGACUCACACAGGGGAGAGACCCUUUAAAUGGAUGGAGUGCGGAAACGGCUUCGAUCAAAAUGCAAAGCUUAAGAUACAUCAACGAACUCAGACAGGGGAAAAACCAUUUCAAUGCAAUGAGUGUGCAAAGUCAUUUGGCUUUAAAUCAAGCCUUACUGCACACCAGCGAACUCACACAGGGGAGAAACCUUUUAAAUGCAUGGAAUGCGGAAAGUGCUUCAGGGAAGGUAGAGACCUUUCAAGACAUCUACAAACACAUACAAGGGAGAAACCCUUAAAAUGUAUGGUAUGUGGGAAAUGUUUCAGUGUCGAAGGAAAACUUGCAAGACAUCAACGAACUCACACGGGGGAGAAGGCAUGGCAAUGUAUGGAGUGUGGAAAGUCGUUCAGCCUGAAAUCACACCUUACUACACACCAGCGAACUCACACAGGGGAGAGACCCUUUAAAUGCAAGGAGUGUGGAAAGAGCUUUGCUCGGAAAGAUGCGCUUAAACAGCACCGACGAAUUCACACAGGGGAGAGACCCUUUAAAUGCAUGGAGUGCGGAAACUGCUUCGAUCGAAAUGCAAAGCUUAAGAUACAUCAACGAACUCACACAGGGGAAAAACCAUUUCAAUGUAAUGAGUGUGGAAAGAGCUUUGUUCAGAAAUGGACGCUUAAACAGCACCAACAAACUCACAUAGCGGAAAAACUAUUUCAGUGUAAUGAGUGUGGAAAGAGCUUUGGUCGGAAAUGUACGCUUGAACGGCACCAACAAACUCACACAGAGGAAAAACCAUUUCAGUGUAAUGAGUGUGGAAAGAGCUUUGGACAAAAAUUUAGGCUUAAACUGCACCAACAAACUCACACAGGGGAAAACCUAUUUCAAUGCAAUGAGUGUGGAAAGUUGUUUGGCUUUAAAUCAAUCCUUACUGCACACAAGCAAACUCACACAGGGGAGAGACCUUUUAAAUGCAUGGAGUGUGGGAAGAGCUUUGGCCAUAGUGGAAGCCUUAGAAAACAUCAACGAACUCACAAAGGGGAGAAACCCUUUAAAUGUAUGGAGUGUGGGAAGAGCUUCCAAGAAGGCUCCGUAUUUCAUGGGCAUUUACGUACUCACACAGGGGAGAGACCCUUUAAAUGCAUGGAGUGUGGGAAGAGCUUUGGUCAUAGUGGAGUCCUUAGACUACAUCAACGAACUCACACAGGGGAGAAACCCUAUAAAUGUAUGGAUUGUGGAAAGUGCUUCAUUGCUAGUGGAGCACUUCGGAAACAUGAGCGAAUUCACACAGUGGAAAACCACUUGUAGUAAGGUUAAAGCUAACUGGGAAAUGAUGCAGUUACAGGU